CUGUUUUCACACUUUUGCAUUGCAGCAUCUUGUAGCUAACAACAUCAUCGGAGAGAAAGCAGCUUCCCCUUCCCGGAGAUAUCGUACAUAAGCUAAAGCAACCUUAACCUUCCUUCUCCACUGUAAAACCCUCAAAUUAAGGUCACGAUUUCGUCUUAUUUUUCCAGGUUUGAUUCACAAAGAACUUCGUGUUUUAACGAUGCUAUUCUUGGGGUAGGAUUUAGGGUUUUGUUUCUAUAGUUCACCGAUCCUGUUCAAUUUUAAGCUAAAUCACAUUCAAUUUUAUGAUUUGCAUCGGUUAAAAGACGCGAUAGUUAUCAGGAGUAGGGUUUGUUGUGGUAUUCGAGAAGUUUCAGGAAAGUGAGAGUUUUCUAUUAAUGGCUUCUUUUUUUUGUAUCCCGAAUUCUUUGGGGUUAAUUGGUGAAAAGAAUGUUCUUUGUACGAAAUUAUAUCCAAUUUUCCAGCUUUACAUGUUUUUGGAGAUUUCUGGAAUAAGUCUGAGAUACUUAAGAACGCAUCUGGAGAUUGAAAUUGUGGCAUCCAAUGUAGUUUCAAUCGAUUUUGUCUUUAAAUUUUGUAUUCUUAUUAGAUUGAGUUUCGUCUUGGAUUGAGCGAAUUUGUUUCAUUGAUGAUUUUAGGGAUAGAUUGAUCAUGGCAACUGCAACUAUGGCAACAGCAGCUGGAGCAGCUGCUCUUUUAUAUUACACGUUGAAUCGGAAAUUAAUAGCUGGUCCAUCUGACGUUGACGAUGAGAAUUCUGAAGCUUCUGCUUCUCGUCCUUCUUUGAGGAUUGACCGUGUUUCGCAUAGGCUUAUUCAAGCUCCGGCAACUUGGUUGGAGACUAUUUCUACUCUUUCUGAGACUCUUCGUUUUACUUACUCUGAGACUCUUGGGAAGUGGCCUAUUGGUGAUCUUGCGUUUGGGAUCAAUUUUCUCAUCAAGAGGCAGGGACUUCUACAUGUUGAUCGUGUCUUUGGUGGUAAAGAUAGUGUAGAACUUAGAGGAUCAGAAGUAGCCACUGAACUCAAAUAUCUUUUGCACUUGUUGACAUUGUGUUGGCAUUUUUCCAAGAAGUCGUUUCCGUUUUUCUUAGAAGAGACCGGCUUUACAAAGGAAAAUGUCCUUAUUCAUGAACCCAAAGCUGGGAUAUUGAAGCCAGCUUUUACGGUUCUUGUCGAUCACAAUACAAAAUAUUUUCUGUUAUUGAUUCGUGGAACGCAUAGCAUCAAAGAUACCUUGACUGCUGCAACUGGAGCAAUCGUACCGUUCCAUCAUACUGUUGUAAAUGAAAGAGGGGUCAGCAAUUUGGUCUUAGGUUAUGCUCAUUGUGGUAUGGUUGCUGCUGCCCGGUGUAUAGCUAAACUUGCCACCCCUUGUCUUCUCAAGGGUCUUGAGCAAUAUCCAGAUUACAAAAUCAAGAUCGUAGGGCACUCUUUGGGUGGUGGAACGGCUGCACUUUUAACAUAUAUUAUGCGGGAGCAGAAAAUGCUCUCUACAGCUACAUGUGUUACAUUUGCGCCAGCUGCUUGUAUGACUUGGGAAUUAGCCGACUCUGGGAAUGACUUCAUCGUAUCUGUCAUAAACGGAGCUGAUCUGGUGCCUACAUUUUCUGCUGCAGCUGUAGAUGACUUACGUGCUGAGGUAACAGCAUCUGCUUGGCUAAAUGAUCUGAGAAAUCAAAUCGAACACACCCGAAUCCUCAGCACUGUUUAUCGCUCAGCGACGGCUUUAGGAUCACGACUUCCAUCGAUGGCCACUGCCAAAGCAAAAGUUGCUGGCGCUGGUGCAAUGUUACGCCCGGUUUCUAGUGGCACACAGGUUGUGAUGAGAAGAGCUCAAAGCAUGCUGACCCGUCCUGCACUAAGCAUAUCUUCUUGGUCAUGUAUGGGACCCCGGCGCAGAGCCUCUGCUACUCAGUCAAUCUCGGAACAUCAGUUAGAUACUUCUGAAGCAAUGUCCCAAGAUAUACCCGAAACUUCGGAUCCUCUUCUUGUUACGGAUGAAGAAAUCACCGGGAAAUGGAAAUCAGAAGCCGAGUGUUCUAAUUACGAGGAAACAUCACCUCGUCUUGGAGCCACUGAUCUUGACGAGUGUGAGGAUCCAGCGGAAAUGGACACACGGGAAGAGCGGAUGACUGAAGCUGAGCUAUGGCAGCAACUGGAGCAUGACCUUUACCACGAUUCUUCGGAGCAACCUGAAGAAACCGAUGUGGCAAAAGAAAUAAAAGAAGAAGAAGAAGCCGUCAUUGCAGAGGCCGGUGUGGCCCCGCCGGAGAGCCAGACGGCCGAGAUGAAAGAAUCCCGCAGAUUCCUCCCAGCGGGUAAAAUCAUGCAUAUUGUCACGGUGCGGCCCGAGGCCGUAGAGCCUAACGAAGAAGAAGACGAAGAUGGUUCUGCCCUCGAGAGGCCUGAGACAGUGGAGACGGUGGAGGAGGGUAGAGUAGGAAUAUUUCUGACGCCGAGGUCAUUGUAUAGUAAGGUGAGGUUAUCGCAGAGGAUGAUAAGCGAUCAUUUCAUGCCUGUUUACAGGCGACAGAUCGAACGGCUAAUACAAGAGCUAACAGUGGAACAACAUCCUUGAAGCUUUUGUUCUUACUUUCCUUCCUUUUUUGGCGGUAAAAUUUGUAUUUGCUGUUGUAAAUACUACUUAUUGACUAUUAUCUAUUUAUCUUUAUGAGUCCAAUACUCGAAAAUGUUUAUUUAUAUUUACAAAAUGUACAGAAAUACUUAAAAGCUAUUUUCGUUAUUUUAAUGAGUUAGAAGAUUGUCUUUUCCCAUGGGGAAUCGACAAGAAAGUA